AUGCCAGGGAUCUCGGAGAUGGAGGCCCAGGAGCUCAAUUCCAACCGUCGAUUCCUAUUUCUCCAGCCACGCGCAUUGCAAUGGUUCGAGGGUGGGAAGUUGAUGAGGCUCCAAGAUGGCGAGCGACAAGCCGGACGGUUCGAGCUGUUCCUUGAUCUGCUCUAUGUGGCAAUUCUCUCGAACUUUGCUGAUACUCUCACGGAAGAUAUCUCAGGCGCACAGCUUGUCAAAUAUAUUCUCAUUCUAGCUCCCUCCUGGAACGUUUGGAGCGACCUGCGCGAGCUGAUGAACUCAUUCUAUAAUGACGACCUCAUGCAACGCAUCCUGAUUUUAUGGGUUAUGGCCGUGCUAGUCGUAUACGGCAACAACGCCCCGCUCGUCGACGAAGAGAUCGGCGCUAUGCGCUCAGCCGUCGGCGCGUACAUGGUCGCGCGCUUUUCCUGCAAUAUCGCGCAUCUGCUCUAUUCAUUCGCGAGCUACCACCACCGCCGGCAGCAACGUCUUUGGGUUGCCCUUUCGACCAUAGCUCUAUGCAUCUACAUCCCUCUGUACUUCGAGUCGGUUUCCAUUCGCGGGAAGAUCGCCACAACGGUCGUCGCCUUCGUCGCCGAGUGUAUUACAUGGGUUUUAUGCUAUUCGCCCGCAGGCAAGAAGCUUCUCCAUGUCAAAUGGUCCACGGCUGUCGACCUCGCCCAUGAAAUUGACCGCUUCGCUGCUUUUUACAUUAUCGUGCUUGGCGAGUUCCUCUAUCUCAUUGUUGUAGGAUCGCAUACAGCGGUUGGGUUGAAUGACCGGCUUCUCCGUGCGGUGUGGACUUUGAUCAUUGCAUUCUGUCUGAAUUGGUUAUAUGUCCACGCUGACGGUGCACUGGAAACCACCCAUCCCCUGCGCCACUCAGUCUACACGGCCUUCGCGUGGGCUUUCAUCCAUCUUCCGCUGGUUGCGAGUCUUUUAGCUGGUGGACAUGUUGCGGCCCUGUCGGUGGAGGAGGCGGAACUCGAUGAUCCGCGGCGAUGGCUUCUUUGCGGUGGACUUGGCGCUGGCAUGAUCUUCUUAUACCUGUUUUCUCUGCUGCACGCCUCGAAGGAUGAACCUGGUACUCUGAUUCUUGCCAAGCCAUAUCGACUUAUCAUGCGACCCGUGACGGGUACCAUCAUGGUUCUUCUUCCUCUAGCCCACCAUCUAAACGGGACGUCGAUUUUGUCAGUGGUCAUGGCUCUUUUCGUGUUCUGUGUGAUCUGGGAAACCGUUGGUUUGCUGAGAUCAGGGGCCUGCUUCUAUGAGAAAUGGGUAGACACCGAUUAUCCCGAACACUAG